ACUGGUCCCAUGCGCUUCGGUCACACUGCUUUCCAGAGAAAUAGAGGAAUAAAGAAGUAAAACAGGCUCGCGAUGCGUGCGGCAUAGAAGUCGUCACCCUUCCUCUUUGGAACCCCAAACCCCCGACAAUACACACUCACACACCUAUGAAGGCGCCCCCGAAGAAGAAUACUGCUCAUAAAUAUUAAUUAAGCGAAAAAAAACAAGAAAAGCAACAAGAGAAAACAAAGUCAAAAGCAGUGAAGGAAGUCACAGGAAAAUAAAAUUAAUAUAAAAAGAAAUCAAUAGAGCGGCAACAGAAAAAAGCCGACGGACGACGGGAGGCGAUAAAAAGUGUUAUCAGUGUGAAUUAAAUUGCUGCCCCGUCAGAUAGAGGAGGCAGAGGCGCCGGAGGAGGUGGCGUCGCUGUCGAAGUCGGCGUCAGCCGCCAGCGUCUCAGAUUGAGAUCGGGAUCAGGAGCGGCAGAGGAAUCUAGGAAGCACCAAGUACAAUCAUGUCGGUGCAGCAGUUCUGUCUGCGGUGGAACAAUCACCAGCCGAACUUCAUCUCGGUGUGCUCCUCCCUGCUGCACAAUGGCACCCUGGUGGACGUCACUCUGGCCGCCGAAGGUCGCCAGCUGCAGGCGCACAAGAUAGUCCUGUCCGCAUGCAGUUCGUACUUUCAGGCUUUGUUUACCACAAAUCCGUGCCAACAUCCCAUUGUUAUCCUCAAGGACGUGCAGUACGAUGACUUGAAAACCAUGGUCGACUUUAUGUACUAUGGCGAGGUCAAUGUGUCGCAGGAGCAGUUGCCGCACAUCUUGAAGACAGCUGAAAUGCUGAAAAUCAAGGGUUUGGCGGAGAUGCCAACGGAUCCGGCCAAUCUUACCAAAUCCGAUAGCAAGUCCUCCAGCGACGGCACCGAGUUGGUGGGUGGUGGCGGUGGAGGCGUGGGCACGGGAGCUGGCAACUCAGCCGGCAGUUUGGGAGCAGCUAGUGGCAGCAGCAGCGUCGGCGAUUCGCUGUGGAGUAGCAGUGAAGCACAGCAGUUCCAGCAGCAGCAACAACAGGCGCAGCAGCAGCAUCACCACCACCAGCAACAACAACAGCAGCUUCAGCAGCAAGCCCAACAGCAGGCGGCGCAGCAGCAAGCGCAGCAGCAGGCGGCACAGCAGCAAGCGGCGCAACAGCAGGCGCAGGCGCAGCAGCACCAUCACCACCAUCACCAUCAGCAGCAGCAGCAGGGACAGGCGCAGGCGGCGCAGACGCAUCACCAUCAGAUGCGACGCACCCCAUCACCGUUGAGCGCCGGCACCUCUCCUGCCACAAGACGGAAGCGCCUGCGGAAAUCCUCGAAUAACGGCUCUGGCGAACGCAACAAUGCCGAGGAGCAGCACCACAACAGCUCUCUGGACGCAGGCAGUGGCACCGGCAAUGCCGGCCUCAGUCUUGCCCAGAUGAGUCAGAUGUCGUUUGGUGCUGGCGGUGGCCUUGCUGGACAUUCGCUGCACGCGGCCAAGCUGCUAAAGGAAUCUGCGAAUGCCGAGCUAGAGCAGCAGCCGCAGGACUCGGAUCUGGAUGACGGCCAUGGACACAUACAUAUGCAAAUUAAGCCCGAAGUGGAUAUUGGCGGCGUGAAUCAAACGAUGCCUUUGGACAUCUCUGGAGCCACCACACCAUCCGAGCACGAGGCGCCGAACUCUCAGUCGUCCCACUCGGGUCUGCAAUGGACAGUUGUCGAUUCCAAUUAUCCGCGCUUCUCCCUGCCCGCCUGCCAGUCUGCCAACAUACUGGGCAACGGUGGCGGCGGUGGCGGUGGCAGCGGCGGUGCCGGCAGCCAGAGCAGCGGUGGUGCCAAUAGCGCCGGCGGCGCUAAUAGCGACCAGCAGCGCCAGCAGCAGCACGAGGCCCAGCAGCAGCAGGUUGCCACACAGCAGCAGCAUCUGCAGCAGCUGCACUACCAGCAACAGCAGCAGGAGCAGGCCGCUGCCGCCGCCGCUGCUGCCGCAGCCUCUGGCCAGGCGUAUUCGUCGCAGAUCAUCACCGUGAACAACCUAGUCAGCGGCUAUGCGACGGCAGCCCAGAACCUAUCCCCCACCUCGCCCAACGAAUCGAACAUGGUGCAAUCAGUGUAUAGCCAGGGACCGACUCCCACCCAAUCGCCGGUGCAUGCAGGCGGAGCGGGUGCCGCCGGUGGCGGCGGCAAUGCGGGCAAUGCCAAUGCUGGUAACGGCAACGCCACUGGAGCAGGAGCUAAUCAGGUGGUGAAGCGCAAGAGAUCUGUGAAUCCACAGGGCGAUGAGAACUUUAUCCGUGCCCUGGAGGCGGUGCGGACGGGAGGCAUUGGUUUCUGCAAGGCUGCCCGGCUGUAUGGCGUAAACAAUCGGACAUUGUGGCUGGAGUACAAGAAGCGUGGCUACCCGGUGUCGCGGCCGAGCAUAAAGGCACGCGUGGUCAAGCAGGAGCCGAAUCUAUCGCCGUCGCCCACCCCAUCAACGAAUCCCGGCGACGACACCACCGAAACGCUCAGUAUGCAGAUACCACCGCAGGCGGAAACACCAACGCCAUCCUCGCUCAUGUGCACACCGCAUCACGCAGGGAUUGGCGGCGGCAGUGGAGCUGGAAGUCUACCCGGUGCAGGCAACUCGCAUCCGGCCAUCGGUGUUAUGAGCCUAUUCGAUCCGCGGUACAUGGACUCGCCGGGCAACGUGCACUCAAUGUCGCGGCAGCGCUACAUCGACGCCACCGGCGGGGCGGGCACUGGUGCGGGAACGGGCGCGGGUGCCGGCACCAUCAACGUCAAUCCUACCACCGCCAUGAAUCUACAGAGUAUUAACUUCAACUCGAUAUAGAAUACGAUGAUUUCGAGCCAGGCGGCGGGAACGGCCACUCUGCUGCAGGCAGCCGCCGUGAUGGCGGCCAGCGAACCAGCAGCAACGACGACAGAACCCCUCAGCAUAUCAGCCAUGCCCGUAUCCAUGCCCAUGGGCAUGGCCCACAGCUUUCUCAUCAACAACUUCGUGACGGUGGCUGCACCGCCAACGAAUACGAUGAGCAGCGGCGGCAGCACGGGCCUCCAGUACUUGGACAAGUCGUAAGCCUGGCACUGGCACCACCCGCAAAAUCGAUCGAUACAGGUAUUAGAGCAAACGGCAGCAGAUCUAGUGUGUACAUAGCGGACCGCUUUUAUAGAGUGGCAGAGUGGCAAUAGAAUAAAUGUCGGCGAGGAUCGGAUUUGGAUAAAGAUACCUGCGCCGAGCUGAGCUGAGCUAAGCGGAGCAGGAUCAAAUGCGACGGAAUGGAAGAAACAGAAUGGAACAGGCGAGCCGGCCGAACUUGUAAUAAUUUUCUUAGAACUUAAUUCCUUUUAAGCUUCAAGUUUUUGAACCCUACAUUUUUACGAUUGUUAACUAAGAAAAAUCGGUAGACAGAUCUUCGAUAUAUAUAUAUAUGAAUAUAUAUUUAGCUAUAUUACAUGUAAAAGAUUAUUGUAAAUGUACAUAAAUUAUACAAUUUUAUAUUAGUGUUAAUCCGAAGCAUGCAACAUGAUGAUUUGCAAACCAAACUGCAGCCAAAUCGUGGUGCUGUGUGUGCCAGCAGCCGGAAUCAAACCUUGCGGAAUAUAUGUUCCAUAAACCAGCCAAGUAAUGGACGAAACCAAAAAUUCUAUCUGUAAUUUUAAUUAAAUAAGAACCCUUAAAAUGUCAUUGGUAACUCUAGAACCCUAGACUAAAUUUUGUGAUUCCUGAUUUCAUGUUAUGCCAGAGCUCGUAAACGGUUCUUGUUGAAAAAGGAAUCCAAACCGUUGACCAAUUUUACGAGCUCUGUUUUUUAGGCAUGCUCCGUGGGUUUGCUCUGGCUCUGGCGCCUCAGAAAUAAGUUUCUUUUCCUUCUGCACUUGUGUUACAAUAGCAAAUAUAUUAGUAUUUAGGAGGUACUCCUAUAGCUCCAUGAGGGAACAUGGCAAUCUACUCUGUACAGUGGAGCAAUACAUAUAUUUUAUUUUGAAGUGUAAACACAUCCAGUAAUCAUAAUCAGAGACCACGGGGUCAAACAAUAGCCUAAGAUCCGUGGAAGAAGUCAUGUAUGAUAUAUAACCUACCAAUCCAAAUAUGCAAUGUAUAUAUAUUUAUGUAUCUGUAUGUAUGUAUACAAAAUUCCACUAACAUUUGUAAUUUUUUUAGUGAAGAACUCACGGGUUUAUGGUUUUACGUUUUUACAACUUUGUUUCCGAAAUUUUAACAACAUAUCCCAGAGGUGCAGUUUUGUUUUUAUUUAAGCGAUUUCUUUGUACAUAUAUUAGCCAUGUACAUAUUUAGACGAGACGUAUUACCAGAAAAAGAUACAGAAUCGAAACUUAAAGAUAACACUCGUAACCACCCAAAAUCCUAAACGGAGACUGCAGCUAAAGGCAAAAAAUAAAUAGAAGAAACCAAAACAAUGAGAUAAAACACAGAAACGGAUACGAUAACGAUUACGAAUAGUGUGUGUGUUUUUAAUACAAAUCCAUAUACAAUAUUGUAACUAAAUAGAGAACUUUUUUAUAUAUAUUGUGUCAAGGCAUACUAAGGACUAAGCGUGAUUUGUUAGAAGUCAUAGAGUAACGUAAACUUUGAUAAUGGACUUUUAAUACACACACCACUCGCCCACAACAACAACAUACACCAAACGAUACCACGGAGCAUGACUUGACCAGGUCCAGGUCCUCCCUUAAAGAGGUCCACAGAUCACACAGACGGAACACAGCGAAAAUAGCAAAAAAAAAAAAACAAAAGAACAAACAAUAAGCAAAUAUAUUAACUAACUCUGUUUCCUACAAUUGCAAAAAGUACCAAUAACUACGCUAGAGUUAUGUGUGUUAAAUAUAUAUAUAAAUUAUUUAAAAUCAGCGCAAGUGCAUAUAAACGAACCGAUUGUAAUAUAAGUUGCAUGUAAUAUACCAACUAAAACCGUAAUGCGUAAUGCGAGCCCCAAACGAAUAUCGUCAAGAUGGAACGAACAUUCUAGACUGUAGUUCGAUGUGCAAACGAAACGAAUAAACUUUCAAAACUACAACGUAA